AAAACGGGGCCAAAUGAAACCCCAAGCCGCGCACGGCAAGGGAAGCCCCUCGUUGCAUUUCUUUGAACUUUAUGCCGGAUGACCGAAUCUGUAUCAAAGAGAACCCACGGCUUUCUUGGAGCGCCGCAUACAUUAUCCCCCGUUAUUCGCCAUUACCAUCGUCAUCACCGUCAACCAAACAACUCAACUCGUUCAAUACUGACUGACAAACGCCGAUAACAAAGAUAUAAAACGACCGCGACACAUCACAACAGCCUCAACACAAUGGACGGCACUCUCGAAAUCCUCGAUGUCAAGGAACGCAAAGUGGGCGAGGUCAAACCUCCCUCGUUCCCAACUCCGCCGCCUGCUUCCUCCGGAGGGUUUCCCGCUCCCAAGAAACGAGUGUCUGCCUUCAAGAAGCAGCGACAGCAACAAGCAGACCCAUCGUCCUCGUCAUCCCAAGCGACCACACCAGUACCAUCACCAGCCAUCCAGUUCACCAGCGGCGCGAGGCCCCAGAUCGACGCGGACCCUAUCAAAUCCGAAAAGCAGAGGAUUGACGAGGAGAACAACAAGCUCUUGAGCUCCAUGUCGCCAGAAGAGAUUGCCGAAGCCCAACGAGAGCUCUUCAGUGGCCUCGACCCCAAGCUUAUCCAGAUGCUUCUCCGACGAGCCAACGUCGAGGACGGCUCCAACAACAACGACCCCAAAGUCUGGGACAUUCCCGAGAAACCGGUCGACGAGGAGCCAACGGAAAAGAAGGCCGACGUCGGUAGCGGUCCCACCAUCUCCUACAAGAAGCCACCCUCCAUCCAGACCUCGAGCUCGAAAAACGCAUACGUACAAGAUGAAGAUGAGGAAAUGGCCGACGAACAACCAAAGAAACCCAAAAAGACCGUCACCUUCAACGAAGACCUCGCCCCCGAACAGCCUCCCUCCGGCAGCUUCCCCAUCCGAUCCAAACAGCCACCCACGCCCUACCCCCAAAAGACCAGCUUCUCCGCCGAAGACCUUGCCAUGCCCACCGCCGGCUCCUCCUCCGAACCACAAACUCCCACCACAACGCACCAAUGCAACGACCCCUCCCACAACCACGGCGGCGACGAAGAGCUCAAGGGCGUGCACUUCCCCGCCGCCCCCGCCCCUCCCGACCUCGACCCUUCAGACCCCGACUUCCUCGCCACCCUGCACCAAAAGUUCUUCCCUUCGCUUCCCGCCGACCCCUCCAAGCUCGCCUGGAUGGCGCCCAUCCCCACCGAAGACUCGCCUGCCGACCAGGAAUCCCCUUACUACCCGGGCCAGACCUCGCUGCCCGUCUCGGCGCUCCGCUUCGACUUCAAGGGGCGACUGAUCCCGCCCCGUCUGUCGCGCCAGAUUCCCGUGUCCAAGGGCCUGCACCACCACGGCGAGGCGCCCGAGGCAGCCGGGUACACGAUCCCCGAGCUGGCGAGGCUGGCGAGGAGUAGUGUGAAUAGUCAGAGGUGCAUUGCGUUUAGGACGCUGGGGAGGAUGCUGUAUCGUCUGGGAAAGGGGGAGUGGGGAACUGGAGCGGGCGGUAGGGAUGGCGAUGAGGAUGAUUUGGCGUUUGCGCUGUGGAGGUGUUUUCAGGAGGGAAGGGUGUUGGAGAGUAUUGGGGAGGCGGCGGAUGUGGAGGAGGGAGUGGGCAGUGUGAGUGUGAGGGCGUAUGCUAUUGAGGCCAUGUGGUUGUUUGAGAAGGGCGGGUGGAAGGAGAAGUGGAGGGGUUUGUGAGGGGGGUGGAUGAAAAGGGAAGAAAAGAGGAUGUGGAUAAGAGUCGUGGAAAACUUGUGCCUUUGUGGUAUAGUAGGAAAUGGGCAUGACAUGGGAUGGGAUGGGAUGGGACACCGACUGACCGGCUGGCCGGCAAGGGAUAGGGUAAAAUGGAA